CAUAGCACUGCACUGUUUUUCGCCUAGCGUCACAUAAGUACUACUGUAGGUAAUCCCUGCAAGAACUAAGAACACCAAGCUUGCGACAGCUAAGUUGUAAGACGCGUUGCUAAGUAAAGCACAAAAAUGCGGAGCGGGAGCGGCGUUCUUUGUAUUUCGGCAUGCCAAUUGGUAGUGGGCCUCUGCUUACUUGGAGUCUACGAGGGUUACAAGGCCUAUUACUACGACAACUUGACCGACGAGUCGGCCAGCGUCUCCAGCCGCGUUGCCACUUAUGAGUCGCCCCUGGACUUCCGCUCACCCAUGGGCUUCUCCUACUACCUCUCCAUAGCCAACAACAUGUUUGCGAUCUUCGGACUAGCGGGUGUCAUCAACGCGCAGCGGGAACUGAUCAUUGCGUUCUUCUCCUACAACGCGGCGCAGAUGGUCAUCGCCUUCCAUGCCUUUGUGGACUUGUGCACGGACGUGGGUAUCAGGUACGCCGGUGAGCCCGCCAAGCUCACCUCCUUUGAGCGCGCCUCCGCCACCUUCAUCUUCUUCUGCUUCCUGCUUAGCUUGCUAGCAACCGUGUUCGCGGUGAAGGCGAUCGACGAGGUGAAGACCAAGCAGCGUGAGGAGCUCACCCGCAUGGCAGUGCUGUCGGACACCCUGCAGUACGAGGUGGACAACGCAUGAGGGAGAAGGGAGGCGGGAGGAUGAAGUAAGGAAAACUGACUGGAGGGAGGGAGGAGGGCGCAUACUGGGACAGAUGGAGCCUGAUAAGAGCUGUCAUAGUGCAGCAUCAGGGAUUUGUAUGCGUCCUUUAGGUCAUGUGGCAAUGGGUAUAGUGAGUGUCGCGGUACGGAGACGGCUGCGGUAUUGGGAUGCCGAGCGCCCCACUGUGCUGCAGGAAGGAAGGGUGAACACUGGCAGGGCUGCCCCAGCCGGGUUGGGGCUUCGAUUGUCUCCAUAGCUGUGUAUUCGGGCUCUGGGGACCUAGGCGGCUGCGGAGCCCUUUGGCGGACACAACUCGACUGGAGUGCUGUACGGAGUGACGCGCAGGCCCUUGCUUCGCUGUGAAUUGCUGUGGGAGGUGCUGGGGCUGUGUUGCUGCAUUUGCAGAGGAGGAGUUCCCUGCACGCAUGGGUCGUAGACGAUGACUUCCAUGCUCCUACUAAGAGCAUGCCUUCUCGCUCGGAACUGGAUAUACGGGCGGCUGCUGUUGCAUGCAUGCUAGCGGAUGGGCUGGUGAUAAGAAUGCAUAUUUAAUCAGUGCCUGCCCCCUGGUAUCAACCUUUCCUUGUGGCUCGUCUUGGCUGCUGGCUGGGUUACUCACAGACGCCGGCGCCUAACCUGACUACCUGUACUUAUUGCCUAUACAAUCUUUCGUCCCCAUGAUCCUUAAACCCUUCUAGGGAUCGAACGUGUACAGACGAACACAAUCGUGGUUGCCAUAUUUGUUACACGAUAGCUG